UGCAAAGCAGUCAGAGACAGGCUUGGUCGGUCUCACCAACGCAGGCGCUACAUGCUACAUGAACUCGUUGUUGCAAGCUCUUUUCUGGUUGCCAUCGUUUCGGGCAGGAGUUUAUGACUUUGUUCAUGAUCCUUAUGUCGAUGGCUCUCCGCAACGUUGCAUUCCUCAUCAACUUGCCCUGCUCUUUGCUCAUCUGCAAGGUUCAGAGAGAAAGGCCGUCGCUACCAUGUCUCUGACACAUGCCUUUGGUUGGAACACUCCUGCUCACUUUGCUCAGUCAGACGUCCAAGAGUUUUGCCGCAUUCUCUUUGACGCUCUCGACCAGAUCUACCCGCGCAAGGCUCUUCCCUCGCCUACCAACCUCUUCCACUUUGCCGGCGAGUCGUUUGUCCACUGCGGGAGGUGCGGGAACCACUCGGCGACCGAGCAGAGCUACGUCGAGCUCAACCUGCCCACACAGGAUGUUGACUCGGUCUACGCAGCCCUUGACACCUACCUCGCUCCCGAGCUGCUCCGUGGCGAGAACCAAUACGCUUGCAGCGUGUGCGAGGACAAGGUUGAUGCCGCCAAGGGCAUCAAGCUCCUCUCGCUCCCGCCCGUCCUCUCUAUCCAGCUCCAGCGGUUCACCUAUUCGCCGGUCACCUUCCGCAAGGUCAAGCUCAACCAUCGCGUCGCCUUUCCGCGCUACCUCGACCUCGAGGCCUAUACCCCCGAAGCCCGCUCGCAGUUUCUUCGCGGUGAGCGGGCCUCGCAUCCGCCGCUCGACUAUGAGCCUCCGCCCGAUGCCGACCUCGCCGCGCUGCCUCACGUCUACGCCCUCACUGCCGUCCUCGUCCACACCGGCGGCGCCAUGGGCGGCCACUACUACGGCUAUUGCGCCACCGCGCCCGACGGCUCGCCGUCAGGCUGGAUCCACUACAACGACUCGGUUGUCGAGCCGGCGACAUGGGAGCAGGUCGCAAAGGCGUACGGCCACGACCCAGACGACGAGACGGCUAACAAGCUCGUCGGCGCCAACGCGUACAUGCUGUUGUACUCUUCGGUCGGCGCCUCAGCCGCCUGGCGCGCCGCACACCCUCUGCCCGACACCGCCAGCCGCCACCCAGUCGCUCUUCCAUCGCCGCUCGCCAAGCUCGUGGCUGACGCCAACACCGUCCACGCCGGCCUCCUCGCCCAGUUCAAGGCCGCAUCCGAGGUACUUCUCCUCAACGUCCGGUACGGCGCGGCCACCACAUCGAUCUCGCUCGCCAAGACCACUUCUUAUGCUCAGCUGAUUGAGCGCGUCCUCACUGCGCUCGACGUUGUGUUGUCCCCUGGCGCUGCCGCCCGCCUCCGCCCGUUUGACACCGCCGAUGGCGUUGCCGGUGCGCCACUCAUCGCUUCCGACGACACGCUACUCGCCAACCUGCCUCUCCACUCCAACAUACACCUGGUUCUCGAGACGCGCGCGCCUGGUGAGGUCUUUCCGCCGGCCGAGUCGUUCACGCUUACGCUCCUCGUUUUUGAUGCCGAGACGCUCGAGCUGAGCCCGCCGGUCCUCCACGUUCUCGACUUUGAGGAUGCUGCCGCCGCACGCGCUUACACUGCGGACGAGCUGGUAGCGUCGGUGGGAGGUGCUGUGAAGGGCAGCCUACUCACCGCCAGCCACAUGGGCAAGCUCGGCGCCGGCGCCGAUGCCGUGACCUGGCUCGACUCGGUCGACGGGGCGACCCGGGUCAUCGCAAGCCUCCGCAUCGUGCCGGGCUCAACUCUCAUUGUCGACCCGUCGCCGGAGCGGGCGGCCACUCUCGAGUGGCUCGAGAAGAUGCGCAACACUGUGACUGUCCGAGUCCGCGGCGGCCUUGCGGCUCAGGUGGCGGCGGCGCUGGGCGAGCGCACACCGCGAGUUGGCGCCGAGCGCGAGGCGGACGCCCUGCUUCCGGUCGACCUCCGUGAGACCGUCGGCGAGCUCAAGGCUCGCCUCUCUGAGCUGCUCGGCGGCGAGCCGGCGUCGUCCCACAUCAGGCUCCGCCAGCGCCGGAUGGCGCCCGAGGCCAUCGACACCGCGCCGCUUGCGGACUUUGGCCUCUACACCGGCUCAUCGCUCUGGGCCGAGGCCGGGCGGUCGGUCCAGCCGGGCCAGGUCGCCCUUGUUGUCCACGUCGCCAACUCGGACCACAACCCGGAGAACAAGGCCUCGUUCCCAUACCUGCCUGUGGGCGAACUUGUCGUCGCGCGUGCCGCAACCCUGGCCAAAGUCAAGGCUGCGCUCGUUCCGAUCCUCCCCGCCGACCUUGCCGCCGCGCUGCCCAGCACCGGGCAACUGGCUGUCGCUCCAAGGCUCCGGCUUCGCGAGCUUCUUGGCGAAAAGGUAGCCCACAUCCUCUCGCAGCCCGACGCCAGUCUUGCGGACAACCUGCCUGAGCGCUACGCCAAGACCGAUGCAGUCGACGUCGUUGUCAACGUUCUCGACGCCGACGAGGCGCUGCUCCCGGGCCAGAUUCUGCUCGACACCUAUGUGCAUGUCCUCGGUGACGCGCCCGAGGACGAUACCCUCGACGGUCCGUUCGAGCUCGCCAUCGCUGCCACCGCGACCAAGGACGACCUCGCGGCGGCGCUCGCCAGUGCUCACGGCCUUCCCGCCGUCGCAGUCGCCAAGCUCUACUAUCGAACCCAGCUCGACGAGGUCGGUGCUGAAGCCCUCGCCUGGGACGUCGACGGCGCCGCCGUCCUCAACGCUACUCCAUGGUACCUUCGCGAUGGGGACCUUGUUGUUGCUCGCGACCUGGCGCGAGCCGAGGCACGGGCCGCCGCCGCCGCCGCCGCCGCCGCCACCGAGCACGCGGCUGCCUCCAAGGCCAACACUGAAGUCGCGCUCGCCAUCCACGUCCAGACGGCCGAAGAGCGCGCCGCGUAUGCUGAGCUCUUGAGUAGUGACAGCAAUGCCGACGCGCCGUCAUCGUCGCACGAACAACACUCAGCAAUGUCGACGUUCAACUUUAAGCUCGCGCAUAGCGUCAAAAACCGCGACGUGGUAGUGAUGAAGGAUAGGAUCGCCAAGGUGGUGGCCAACGUGCUCUCGGCGCCGGCCAAGCACGGGCACACCAAGUGCAAUCUCAUGCUGGAGGAGGUGGCGACGGGGCGGCGGUUCGAGCACAAGCUCUCGGGCGACCAGCGAGUCAAGCUACCCGAGGUCAAGCUCGUCCAGUACGCGCUCAUCGCGAUGGAUGACGAGGGCUUCCUCACGGUCAUGGACUCGCGCGACGAAGAGCGGUCGGAUCUGCGGGUCGAGCCCGAGACUCAGCUCUACGCCAAGAUUGGGGAGGCCAUGGCCGAUAGCGACAACUACUUCGAGGUGGUGGUCUUUUCGGCCAUGGACCUCGAGUUUGUGGCCGACCUCAAGGUGGUACGAUGA